UUAAACCUUCAUCCAGCUGCUGCUUUUGUCUGUCUGUUGAUACCCAAAUAAACAAAAACAAAUCGGCAUUGACUCCAUGUCUUUCCAAAUAAAUUAGUAAAUAAACUAGGGUUUCAGCUACUGCAAUUCGUUUUUCCUUUCUUUGGGGUGAUCUAGUUCCUCUUUCGUUGCAUGCUUUUGUUUAGCGGCUUCUAACCGACUAACUCGUCACAAUGGCCGUCUCUUCCCACCCUGGACCCCUUCAGGUUGGUUCAUACUUCGUUGGACGGUACUAUCAGCUACUUCAACAGCAACCUGAUCUAGUUCACCAGUUUUACUCAGAUGACAGCACCGUGGUUCGGGUUGACGGAGAUUCCUCAGAAUCUGCUUCUUCCAUGCUGGAAAUUCACACCUUGGUCAUGUCACUAACUUUUACUGCCAUUGAGAUCAAGACAAUUAAUUCUCUUGAUUCUUGGAAUGGAGGUGUUCUGGUGAUGGUUUCCGGUUAUGUUAAAAUCAAGGAUUUUAAUGGUAGAAGAAAAUUUGUGCAAACCUUCUUCCUCGCCCCGCAAGAGAAGGGUUACUUUGUUCUCAAUGAUAUCUUACAGUUUAUUGAUGAUGAAAUGACUUCACAACUUCCAGCUUCCACAUUACAACAAAACAAACUAGAUGCUCAACUAAAUCUGUCAAGCGCUGUUGCAGAGCCAGCAUUUUCUGACUACAUUUUGGAGGAAGAGGCUAGGGAAUAUGUCAACUCUGUUCAUAUAGAUGACGAUCCAGUGGACAAAUACAGUCCCCCUGAGCAACCACAAGAAGAAGAUUUUGAAGCUGAAGUUGUGGUGGAGGAAGCUCUUGCAGAGGAAACUCCCAGUAACCAUCACAUUGCGGCAGUGAUCACUGUGCAAGAGACCCCAGCUAUGCCUUCGGAGGAACCUGUUGGGGAGGCUCCAAGAAGAACAUAUGCCUCUAUUUUGGGUGUUCCAAAGGAGCAGUCGGUUUCAUCUGUUCAACCUCAACCAUUUUAUAAUAAGAUUCCCCAGACUACUUCAGAUUGGGAUCAUAUUCCAGAACCUGCUAGUCGACAGUCACAUCUUGCUUGGUCAGAUGUGCCUGAAUCUACAGCAGAGAAAGGAGUGGAGGAGGGUUUGGUCUAUGAAGAAGGUGAAUAUAUUGGUGAAUACAAAUCUGUCUAUGUGAGAAACUUGCCCUCUACUGUUACUGUUACUGAAAUUGAGCAGGAGUUCAAGAAUUUUGGCAGAAUCAAGCCUGAUGGUGUCUUUAUCCGGAACCGCAAGGAUGUUGUUGGUGUCUGCUAUGCUUUUGUCGAGUUUGAAGACAUUUCUGCUGUUCCAAAUGCAAUCAAGGCAUCUCCUAUACAAUUGGGGGGAAGGCAAGUUUACAUUGAGGAGCGCAGACCAAAUAGCAGCAGUUCACGUGGAGGAAGAAGGGGAAGAGGCAGGGUCAGUUAUGCACCAGAGGCCUUGAGAGGUCGGUUUGGUUCUCGUAGUUUGGGUAAGGGAAACGACCAAGAAUUCGGCGACUACAGAUCAAGAGGUAAUGGUUUCAGUCAGCGAGGCUCUAGAUAAGAUGGCAUCUUGGGGGAACUGAGUAUAUGAAUGAAGUUUUCAACUUGUUGCAUGAAUAUCUAAUCGAACAUUUCCCAUCAAUAUGCUGCUUUGUAGUUUUUGUUAUUUCUCAUAAAACAAGUGUUGGGGGGAUAUAUAAACCUCUGAUGAGGUGCGCGUUUUUAUCC